UGUCGGUAGUAAACUGUUGAAAUAAAACCCUGUUCCUGUUUGUCUCUCACAACACCAACUUGGGUUUUGCUAUACUAUAAUACUGUACUGUGUUCCCCACCUCCAUGUGCUCUUAAAAGAUUCCAUUUUUAUGCUUGAUUCAAUACCCCAUUUUCAUUUUGCUUCUAAUCUCUACUUCUUCUCAGCUCCAUCAACAAACAACAUUGGUGACUGAGUGAGUGAGUGAAAUCUUUGCCAAAACCAGAGAUGGGUGUGGAUUUGAGGCAAAUUGUGGCCGGUAUUCUCACUAUCACUAUGUUCGUAAUGCUUAUCCAUAUGAUCAAAAGGGACAAUUUUGAUGCAGUUGAAGAUAAACUUCAAGGAACAACAGAGGAAGUCAUCUAUGAAAAUGUAAAGCUUGAUACUACUCAUGAGAGAAAGAAUAUAGGGCUUUGGAAGGGAGAUGCAGACGAAUUAAAACCAUGUUGGGCUAAGCCAGUUGGAGAUGACGUGGAGCGGACUGAGGGGUUUGUUAUAUUUUCAUUAACCAAUGGCCCAGAGUAUCAUAUAUCUCAGAUAGCAGAUGCGGUGAUUGUUGCUAGAAGUCUUGGGGCAACACUUGUUAUCCCUGAUAUCAGGGGAAGUCAACCUGGUGAAAAGAGGAACUUUGAAGACAUUUAUGAUGUUGACGUGUUCAUGAAAAGCAUGGACGGAGUGGUCAGAGUGGCAAAGGAACUUCCUGCUCAUGUGUCGUCACAGAAAAUUGCGGCUGUGAAGGUCCCUAGUCGGGUUUCUGAAGACUACAUUGCUAAACAUGUUGAACCAAUUUAUAGAUCAAAGGGAAAUAUAAGGCUUGCCACUUACUUCCCUUCAAUAAACAUGAGAAAGGCAGAGAAGAAAGGUGACACUGAUUCAAUAGCAUGCUUAGCAAUGUAUGGAAGUUUAGAGUUGCAGCCAGACAUGCGCGACCUUGUUGACUCCAUGGUUGAAAGGCUUAGAACUUUAAGCCGCAAGUCAGAAGGCCAAUUUAUAGCCGUGGAUUUGAGAGUUGAGAUGUUGGAUAAGAAGGGUUGCCAAGACAGCGGAGAGAAGAGCUGCUUCAAUGCCCAAGAGGUUGCAAUGUUUUUGAGGAAAGUUGGGUUUGAAAAGGACACUACAGUUUAUGUGACACAAUCAAGAUGGGAUAGCCGCCUCGACUCUCUUAAGGAUUUGUUCCCUAAAACAUACACAAAGGAAGCCAUUGUGCCUGCGGAUAAGAAGAGCAAGUUCCUAGAUUCUCAAGAUUCUGAGUUGGAGAAAGUGAUUGACUUUUACAUUAGUUCUGAGAGCGAUGUUUUCGUGCCAGCAAUUUCAGGUCUGCUGUAUGCAAAUGUAGCGGGUAAGAGAAUUGGUUCUGGUAAGACCCAGAUAUUGGUUCCGGCUGAUAUUCCAGAUUCAUCUGCUUCUGCCUCCAGUUUCUUGUCCUCCUAUAUCUCCAAAAAGAACCAUUUUGCCUAUUCUUGUUUUUGCUAGUUCUCAGUGAAGACAAUACAAAGCAUCUAGAUCCUGUAGCAAAUGUUGUGUGGCCAAGGUCUUGUUGCUUAUGAAGCACCCAUUUGGGAGUCUCAGUGUUAAGGGCCUAAGGCUUUGUGUUUUUAAAUUUAUAGUAUGAACGUUCAAGGAAAAAUGAAGAGUGAGAUGUUUACUGUCA